GACGGGGACAGAAGGCAGGAGAGUCUGGUAUGUUCCUCCUGCACCAUCCCAGUCAGUCAUUCGCUGCCUGGUCAUCUGCUCCAGACUGUGGAAAAGACUUCAAACAACAGAGCCUGCCCUGCCCUGCCCCCCCCGCUGGGAUGCCCCCAUCUGUACUGCUGCCAUUGUGGGCACUCGGAGCGCUCCAUGUGCUGCUGGCUGGUGCCCUAGAAGGUGGCCCCCCCACAGAAAAGCCUAUCGCAUGCUCCAAGAGCUGCACGUGCCUGCAUGAUGACUACAGCUCGGACCUCAGCGUGUACUGCAGUGCUCGGAAUCUCACGCAGAUUCCUGCCGACGUGCCGCCGUCUUCGUGCUCACUGUGGCUCGAUGGAAACUUGUUCACCUCUCUGCCUUCUGGGGCCUUCAGAGAUCUCAGCGACCUGGAUUUUCUGAAUCUGCAAAGCGGCCAGCUGUCCACCAUUGACCCCCAGGCGUUCAGAGGCUUGCGCUCAUUGGCAUAUCUACACCUGGAACGCAACCGACUACGGUACAUCCCCGCCCCUGUCUUCCAGAACACCCCCAAUUUAGCUUCUCUCAGCCUUCACAAUAAUCAGUUGUUGCGCAUUGAGGAAAGAUCGUUUGCUGGCCUCACCAGUAUGUGGCUGCUCAAUCUCGGCUGGAACUCUCUGGUUGUGCUGCCUGAGAAUGUUUUCCAGGAUCUGCACAGCCUCAGGGAGCUGGUACUGGCGGGGAACCGGCUGGCCUACCUGCAGCCACAGCUCUUCCACAACCUGGCUGAACUGAGGGAACUGGACCUCACAGGGAAUCUCCUAAAGGUCAUCAAGGCCAACAUCUUCCUUAAGCUGCCGAAGCUGCAGAAGCUCUACCUUGCCCAAAAUCUGAUUUCCACUGUAGCACCCCGAGCGUUUCUUGGCUUGAAGUCCCUGCGCUGGUUAGACCUCACUAACAAUCGACUUUACGCACUUCAUGACGAAACAUUUCUGGGCCUACACAGUCUCCAUGUCCUACGGCUCUCUAACAACUCCAUUAUCAAUCUACGGCCAAGAACGUUCCGUGACCUGCAGUACCUGGAAGAGUUGCGUCUCAGCCACAACAAGAUCCACAUCCUUGGAGAGAGAACAUUCGAAGGCCUGGGCCACCUGGAGGUCCUGGAACUGGAGCACAACCUGGUGUUUGAGGCUCGCAUGGGUGCCUUUGCAGGAUUAUCCCAUGUGGCUGUGAUAAACCUUUCCGGAAGCUGUUUCCAAAGUCUGCCAGACCAAGUCUUCAAAGGCCUUUCCAAACUCCACAGUCUCCACCUGGAUAAAAGUUGCCUCACUAGGGUUACUACCCAAGCAUUUAUUGGACUAACAGGACUUCGCCGCCUCUUCCUUCAACAAAACAACAUUUCUGUGGUGGAGCGCCAAAGUUUUGUGGAGCUUCAGGGCCUCCAACAGCUAGACCUGAGGUACAACAAGCUGGAGACACUGUCCUCCCAUACCUUCUAUGGCCUGAAGAACUUGGAUUACUUGCUGCUGUCGGGAAACCUGAUUGGCCAGAUCCCUUUGGAAGCUCUUCAUCCACUGCAGCAUCUCUCUUGGUUGGAUAUCUCUGGUAACCAACUUGAAUCUCUGCAAAACGGCACCCUGCAGCUUCUGCCCCGGCUGCGCUACCUGAACCUGAACAACAACGCCCUGACCAACCUUGCAGCAGAGUUUCCCGAUGGCCUAGGUCAGCUGUGGUUGUCAGGCAACCGCUGGAGAUGCGACUGUAGCAUAAAAACCCUGAGAGACUACAUUCUCAGCAAGCCCCAUGUAGUGCCCCGGCAAGUGGAGGUCCUGGCAGAGGGGGAGGAGCCUCACACUAUGGUCACCGUCUACAACAACAUCACCUGCAUGAGCCCAGCGACCACAAGCGGCACCGACCUGCGGGACAUCAGCAGUGAACAUUUUCAUGACUGCUGAGUCUCCCUUGGGACAUUUCAGUCUAUGUUGGGGAAAAAAUACACAAGUAUAUCACAUAUAUAUAUAUAUUUAACUUAGGGUUAUUAGAAAUCCUGCAAAUCAUUUUAUUGCUGUUUUUUGUUCAUUUUGACUCUCUUCUAAGAGUUUUUAAAAACCAUUCCUGCCUAGUGUUUUUCUGAAUUCCAGUCCGCUGGACUGCACUUUUGUUCACUCUCUCUGACCUCAGCUGUUUGCAUUUUAUCCAUUUCUGCUGCCAAGACAAUCAGACACAGGUGAAGAUCACUGACCUGCUUUCUUUACAAAAUCCAGUUCCAACUAAAUGAGGACUUUCAACUACAUUCACAAAGCAAGCCCAUUUCCACUUCAUUCAAUAAUCCAAAAUUACACUGUUACAAAAUUCUCUAAUUUAUAUGAAUACUGUUCCAACACAAAUUAUUGGGCACAUGGAAUUCCUUCCAAAUUUGGGUAUGGGUUUCUGUUUUAAAACAUUGUUUGUUUUUACCUGCUAAUGAUUAUUAUCCAGACUUGGGCUGACCUCUGAAUCUAUGCACUGAGACCACAAACCUAUAAUCACUGUUUCACACUUUUCUGUAUAUUUACAGUUACAUUUGUUUAUUGCUUAGUACACCAUUAUUAUUACACCAUUAUUAAGGACAAUAUUGUAGUGUCAUGCAUCAGAGUUAUUCUGUCUAUAGAAGUCGCCUUCUGUCUAUGUGACAUUGACAUAAAAUAUCCAAAUUCAUCAAAGGUA